UAAUAGUAACUAGUUUAUUAAGACUAAAGAUAUUGUAUAAAGGGUAUAUCAGAUGGUUUUAUAAGAUUUCUUUAAAAUUAUAUAAAUUCAAAAGAUAUUCUUGAGAGUAAGAAUGUAAAAUAUGUUAAUUUUAUAAGAAAAAAUAAUGGAGAAUUUCAGACUUAAUAAUCUAUUCUUUUUGGAGUUAGUUCCGUAGAGAGUUGAGUUAGAGUACUUGAUAACUUGGGAUAUUAAACCAAAAUAAAUGCAUUUAGAAUAUUUUAGAAAUUAUGAAAAAUAUAAAUAUGGAUGGAUAAAUUUUACAAAAUAUAAUUUUUAUUUUUUUAAAUGUAAGUUCUAACAAUUUAUUUGA